AUGACCGACGGAAACAACAAAAUCUCAUCGGAAAAUAACGAAGAGGGAGGAUCUGCACCGAAGCGUCAAAGAAUUGAUGCAGAGAAUAAUCACAAUGCCGAGAACAAUACUAAUGAUCAUUUGACACUUCGGAUGAUGUACGAUUCGUGCCAAGAAGUUCUGGAGAAGCAGAAAAAGCUCGAAAUAUCUAACACAGAAAUUGUCGAUGAGCUCCGUUCCGUCAAGAGCGAGCUUCAACUGAUUCGAGACGACAUGAAACCAAAAACCGUGGCAGCGGCAGUUCCUGUAAAGAGUUCUAACAUAUCGACUACUGGAAAAUACUUCGUGCUAAAACAGGUCUUCAAGAAUAUCUCGAAUAUGAAGGAAGGUGAAGAUCAGUGGUCAGAACCGGAAGAGCACUAUGGAGUUGAAUGGAAAAUUAAUGUGUGUCGAAAAAAAGAACAUUUAUCGUUCUUUCUGAAAUGUCUUAAAUUGACUGAAAUUGGAAAAUGGUCCAUUGAAGCUCAGUGGAAACAAGCCUUACUGUCGAAAAGCACGGAGAAUCGAUUUAAAGUAGCUAAAAAAUCAUUCGGCUCUGUCGACACAAGCGAUGACACUUGGGGUUGGACAUCAUUUAUCGAAUGGGAUGUAUUGGAAAAAGACUUUCUUGUGGAUGACAAACUGACUGCUGAAAUUCAUGUGAAAAUCAUGGAAACAACUGGUAUUUACAAGGAUGAUCUGAGAGUUUUCGACGAGACAAUGGAAGAAUUUUCUGAUGCUGUACUAGUUGUCAACGAACAGAAAUUCUACGUUUUGAAAAAGUUCCUCGCCGUCCAUUCUUCAUAUUUCAAGUCACUUUUCAUAGGACAGUUUCUAGAAUCAAAGAAAUCUGAGAUCACAUUGACAGGAAUCGAUGCGGAUGACUUCCAGAACUAUCUGGAAUUGCUUUACGGAGACAAUUCUAUUGAUGAAAUCACAGUGGAAGGAAUUCUCAUGGUGGCUGACAUGUACGACACUCCAUUGAUCAUUCGCAAAUGCGAAGAGUUCUUACUCGAAAAAUCAAAGAAGACGUUGAAAAAGAAGUUGCAAAUGUCCAUGAAAUACCAUCUGGAAGCCUUGAAUAAACAAUGCCGCAAGGAGAUCAAAUCGAUCGCUGACAUAAAAUCAGUUCUCCCAGGAGACAUUCGUGAUUUGGAUCCAAUAAUGACCGACGGAAACAACAAAAUCUCAUCGGAAAAUAACGAAGAGGGAGUAUCUGCACCGAAGCGUCAAAGAAUCGAAGCAGAGAAUAAUCAGUAUCCAGAGAUCAAUUCGAAUAAUUCAUCUGAUUCCACUAUCCAAUGCGUUUACAAGAUGUGCCAAGAGUUGUUGGAAAAACAGAAAAGUAUCGCCGAAAAGCUUCGGUUGACAGAUGAAAAAUUGGAAUCGAUGCAAUUGCAAUUGAAGUCUGAUAGAGGCGAUGAAACUACUUCAAUCUCAUCGAAUUCUCUUGACAACGAAGAUUCAGCGAAAUCGACGUCGUCCAGUGAUUCAUCCCAAGAAAUGAUUCCAAGUGAAUUUAUGCAAACUACUGGAAAAUAUUUUGUGAGAAUGCGUGUCUCUCGGAAAAAAGACUAUCUAUCAUUCUUUAUGACCUGCUUACAAUCGCUGGACACUGGAAAAUGGACGGUCGAAGUUAAGCGAGAACUAGUAUUCAUUUCGAAUCGGAUAGAAAAAGUGCGAGACGGCAAUAAGACAUUCACUAACAUAGGAGCAAAGCGUAACACUUCGGGAUGGUCAUUGUUUAUCGAAUGGGAUGUAUUGGAAAGAGACUUUCUUGUGGAUGAUCAAUUGACAGCUGAAUUUCAUGUAAAAAUCGAGAAUACAUCUGGAAUUUACAAGGAUAAUCUGAGAGUUUUUGACGAGAAAAUGGAAGAAUUUUCGGAUGUUGUACUAGUUGUCAACGAACAGAAAUUCUACGUUUUGAAAAAGUUCCUUGCCGUCCAUUCUUCAUAUUUCAAAUCACUUUUCUUGGGACAAUUCCAAGAAUCGAAGAAAUCAGAGAUCACAUUGACAGGAAUCGAUGCGGAUGACUUCCAGAACUAUCUGGAAUUGCUUUACGGAGACAAUUCUAUUGAUGAAGUCACAGUCGAAGGGCUUCUUCUUAUCGCUGACAUGUACGACACUCCAUUGGUCAUUCGCAAAUGCGAAGAGUUCUUACUCGAAAAAUCAAAGAAGACGUUGAAAAAGAAGCUGCAAAUGUCCAUGAAAUACCACCUGGAAGCAUUGAAGAAACAAUGUCUCGACAGUAUCAAAUCGGUAUCUGCUAUCAGAUCUGUGAUGCCACGAGAUGGUAGUGAUUUGGAUCCAUCGAUAAUGCGAGAACUUCUCGAAAAAUCUCUCACUCUUCAAAAUCCCAAAUAA